AUGCUCAUCACGACCAUGUGGUACACGAGACGCGAACAGUCGGUGCAAAUUGGAUUAUGGUAUACGGCCAACGGUCUAGGAAUCGCACUAGGUGGCCUGCUAGGCUAUGGCAUAGGCCAGAUCAAAGGUAUACCCAACGGUGGGAUCUCCAACUUCGGAACCCUCAUUAUCAAAGGCCUUGGGUACUCUACCCUCGUAACCCACCUGAUGCAGAUCCCCUACGGAGUAUUGAUGGCCCUAGCAUUUUGGCCUGUGUGUACCUCAACGACCGAUUCGAAAACAGACGAUGUCUAUUUGUCGCUAUCUCCCUGUAACCAACAUCGCUGGAGCAUUUUGUCUGGGUUUCGUGCCCCAAGAAACAGUGUUGCUCGUUUGAUCUGCCACUACCUCACCGGGUCAAUAAAUGCAGCGUUCGUCUUGAUUCUUAGCAUGCAGAUCGCAAACACAGCCGGUGCGUCCGCGACUUGCCUCUCGCUUUCCGUGUUGGACGCUCCAGGGGAUGAAUUAUCCUCACGGCUAAUGACGCUAUACGGCAACAUCGCUGGCCCGUUCUUCUACAAGACGAGUCAAGCUCUGACCUACGAGCUCGGAAUCUGGUCCAUGAUCGUCUGUCACUUGCUCGAAGUCGUCCUCAUCUCCACGCUCGGUCUUCUGCUUCGCUGGGACGAACCAACGCCGCGUUCGGAUCCAGCCUCAAGCUGA